AGUUGAAGUUCUUCUAUCCUUUGCAACGGUUUCACACGAAAUAUCCUCCUUACGGAAGUUGACUACCAGGCUAAGAUAACAAUCUAAAUAACAAACAAGGACAUAGGCUUGUGAGAGAAUAAACUUCAACGAUGGCGUGUCCUUUCUUUCGUCGCACGGAUUCAUUAACACGACAACCUUCCGUCAUAGCUGAGGGUAAUACUUGGGCAUUGGAAGAUGAGCUGGCGGAAGAGCCAGAUGAUGCUCUGACAUUGACCCACUUGCAGAUGGCCAUACAACUGUUGACAGCUCCUUCGAAUGAUGACCUUAACACGGCCGUAACAUCACUCAUCAGCAAACACAGCAAAAGCUGGCCAACUAUUUGUAAAUUAAAAAUCGAUACUGACAUUUUGAGAUCCUAUCCGAAUUAUGACUAUUUGGCGGAUAUUCAAGAUAUCCUUUUGGAAAUGGACGAAGUGAGUGCUAGUGAGAUUCUAGUUUUACUUGGAGAGGAAUUGAUAACAUCUUGCUGCACUGGAAUUAUUGAAAGAGCCUUUAAGUGCUUGGGUACGGAUUUGCAAGAGUUCUUGGGAUCAUUGGAUGGAGUUUACGAUGUACUUAAAUUGCAAGAGGAAGACGUAACCGAUACAGGAUUUGUCUGUGCUGGGGAUGGUGAAUUGAUUUUCACUUCCGAGCGUCCAGUUAUCGCUUGGCUCCUUUUGGGUUCGUUGAAGGCACUCACUAAGAUGCUCUAUAAUGUCAAAGUGAACAUUCGAAUUGAACCAGUUGAAGGCGACACUAGACGUUAUCGUUAUUUGUUUUCGGUUGUACAAGAUGCCGUCACUCGUCGAGCUGAAGUUAUUGCAGCCCGUGAGCUAUCGGUUCAACGAAACAAUUCAACUAAUGCAGCUGAUUUGACUAUGAACUCGAGUACCUUCUGUAAGGCUUUUCCUUGGCACUUUAUUAUGAAUGAGAGUCUUGAACUCGUGCAACUAGGACGUGGAUUCAGUAAACUUUACAAACCAUACUUGAGCAGCAAUGGACACUUGGCUUCAACCUAUUUUAACUUUACUCGACCCAAAGGUUUAUCUCUGAAGUUUAGAGAUAUUGUUCGACGCACUUAUACUCCUUUCUUGAUUGCAUUGAAGCCCCCACCAGGUGUGACUGAAUUUCCAGCUGAGGGCCUUGAGAUCAAAGGACAAAUGGUCUUCUGUCCUGAAUCCAAUUCCCUUCUGUUCAUUGGUUCUCCAUUUUUGGACGGAUUGGAUGGUCUGACUUGCAAUGGUCUCUUCAUCUCUGACAUUCCUCUACACGAUGCCACCCGUGAAGUGAUUCUUGUUGGUGAACAAGCUCGCGCACAAGAUGGUCUCCGACGACGCAUGGACAAACUGAAGAGCUCAAUUGAAGAAGCAAACACUGCUGUUGCUAAGGAGCGAAAGAAGAAUGUCAGUCUUCUUCAUUUGAUCUUUCCGGCUGAGAUUGCCGAGCGUUUGUGGCUAGGAUCGAGCAUUGACUCGAAAACAUAUCCCGAUGUGACGAUUCUCUUCAGUGACAUUGUUGGCUUCACAAGCAUUUGCUCGAGGGCUACGCCCUUCAUGGUUAUUAGCAUGCUUGAGAGUUUGUACAAGGAUUUCGAUGAGUUCUGUGACUUGUUCGAUGUCUAUAAGAUCGAAACUAUUGGCGAUGCUUAUUGUGUGGCAAGUGGAUUGCAUAGGGCUAGUAUCUACGAUGCCCACAAAGUGGCAUGGAUGGCUUUGAAGAUGAUUGAUGCAUGCUCCAAGCACAUCACUCACGAUGGCGAGCGUAUUAAGAUGAGAAUCGGUCUUCACACUGGAACUGUCUUGGCCGGGGUUGUGGGACGAAAGAUGCCGAGGUAUUGCCUCUUUGGACACAAUGUCACAAUUGCAAAUAAGUUCGAAUCUGGCAGCGUUGAGUGCAAGAUUAAUGUCAGUCCAACUACUAGAGAAUGGCUUAUCAAAAAUCCUCGAUUUGAAUUUGAUCUUGUAGCUCGUGAUCCUGGAAUGUUACCAAAAGAAUUCAAGCACGCCGGAGAUUCAACUUGUUACUUUUUAAAUGGAUAUCGUGAUCCAUAUAUUGACAGAUCUUUGCCAUUAGAAGAUCAUAUAAACGAAGCUCUCAAAGCAAUCGCAAUUCAAAAUUAAGGACCUAUUUAGUGUUUAUCAUGUCUGUUUCCUAUUUAUAAUUUUUGUCUUUAAGCACAAGAAAAGUUUUUAGAUAUUUAUAAAUGUUACAUUUUUUGAAUGAUGUUAAAGUAUCUUUUAUAUCCUGCUCAUAUUUCAAAAACCCUCAGCUUACAAUGAAAAUUAUAAAUGUACCAAAAGAAUCAUGAUUAAUAAAAAUUAAUAAUUGAAACAUUUAAAAUAAAUGGAA